UGUGUCCGAUCACACUUGCUUUCAAUCACAUGUGUAAGCUCAUUUGACAAUGACUUCCAUUUGAAUUGGACCCGUGGUGCUCAUCAAUUUGCAUGCAUACAUGCACUUUCGAGAAAGCACAUUCUCUUCCCCAUCAUUCUCCUGCCCUUCAACCAAAGGGCGUAUACAAACACGCGCGGGCUGAAACCAUUCAAUAAACGCCCAGACGGGCCGCUAGCCAUUGGCAAACGGCCUCAUUUUCGAUGAUAUCAUUUCCUUUUUACAAGAUCACAAAAUCAUCCGGAAUGCUUCUUGUGCCUAUGGCCAAAAAGCCGUUUGGCACAAUUUCCUACUCUGCAUGGAUAUUGAGAUGAAAUGAGCUUGCUGAUUUUCAAAAAGAAGUGCAUUGGACGAGUUCAAGCAAUUUUCUCCUUCUUUGGGCUCAUUUCUUUUCGCCUAUACAAUCUGGCCUUUAAAAGAAGGUCGUUCAAGACAAGAUUUGUCUUGGGCCAUCCGAUACCUUUCUACCUUUUCUCUUUCACUUUUGCCCGUCCCCUAAUCUUGUCUCUUGGCAACGAUAUUUUGCAAGUAAGUACUGACAAUCCUUUCCUCACCUGUCGCCCAAUCCUUUUUUCUCUCAAUUUAGUUCACCACAUAAAGACUGCUCUUCUCUUCCGAUCUAUUCGCGGCAUAGAAAUUACCGAAUUUGCACAAGAGCAUUCCAUCUUCAGCAAGACAAAGAGAAAGAAUUGUGAAACUUUCGGGGAAUUAAAACGGCCUUGUUUUUCACCUUUUUCAAAUCUUCAAAAGAUUUCGAUCGUCAAACAAUCAUGACAACCGUCAUGCAACGACCUCGAUCUACACAACCUGGAGGCGAAAUGAACUCUUCGGCACAACGUAGUCAUG